CCCCAUCCCUAUUCACGACUUCAUCCACAAAAAAUGACGGCCACGAAGACUCAGAACGGCGAUGCCGCUGCUACCAUCCCCACUAGACCUCUUGUACUCCACGUUGGCCAAAUUAGAGUUUCCAUACCCGUUUCGACCGAGUGCGACCAGUGGAUCGCGGCAGAGGUCCUUAGAGAUGACUUUGUCCACUCGCAGAGCGUUCAAGACGCAGCGAGCAACUCGGAAGAGCUAGACGACAAGACACAGGCAGAGGUCGUCCUCUUUGCACGUUUCCUCGCCUUUACCUCACGCAACGUCCACGCCGAGUGCGAAGCAAGCCGCGUUCCUCGCCUCGCGGUUCUCCUCAAGGCCCUUUCCCACUUCGGCGCCACAUACCUCGCCGAGACGGAUAUUCAUUCACUCGUCUCUUCGUUCGAUGUCGACUCUCGGAAGGUCGUUCUCUCCUCGUUCUUCCUCGCCUACGCCACACUCCAAGCAGGCAAGGUCGAGGGUCUACCUCAGCUCCCGACCCCGUCUCUCUUCAAGGACGGAGCUUCGGCCUACGCAAUUUUCGGCGGGCAAGGUAUCAACGAGGUUUACUUUGAUGAGCUGCAAUCUCUGUUCGACAUCUACCGACCGUUUGUCGAGGACUGGAUCAAGCUCGCCGUCUCCGAAGUCCUCUCCCCUCUCGCAAACGUUCACUCGACGACCUCCUAUUACUCGCACGGACUGGACGUCUAUUCGUGGCUCACUGGCGCCUCACCCGUUCCUCCUGUCUCAUACCUCGCCUCCGUCCCGGUCUCGUUCCCUCUUAUCGGCCUCACGCAAUUCGUGCAGUAUCUGAUCGUCUCGCGCGUUUCUGGAUUGUCGUACGCGGAGCUCAACUCGAGACUUGCCGGUGCCACGGGCCACUCCCAAGGUCUCGUUACCGCUGUCUGCAUCUCUGCGUCUACCGACGACGCGAGUUAUCUCAAGAACGCGCACCAGGGACUCCGGUGGCUCUUCCACGCUGGUCUCCGAGGCCAGCAGGCCUUCCCCAUCCUCGCACUCGAGCCUAGCGUCGUGGAGGAUUCGAUCGAAGGUGGCGAGGGCUCUCCCACGCCUAUGUUGUCCGUCGUCGGCCUGUUGCUCAAAGACCUCGAGCCACACGUCGCGAAGACGAACAAACAUCUUCCCUCCAACUCUCAGCUUCACAUCUCUCUCCACAACGGCGCGAAGGCUUUCGUCGUCACCGGUCCUCCUCGUGCUCUUUACGGUCUCGUUGCCAGCCUCAGGAAAGUCAAGGCCCCGAAUGGCGUCGAUCAGAGCAAGACGCCCUUCUCACAGCGCAAGCCGGUCUUCUACGUCCGUUUCCUGGCUGUUGGAGUGCCAUACCACAGCGAGUACUUGAAGGAUGCAGUUGAUAAGCUCUGCAAGGAGGAUCUGAAGGACGAGGAGUUGUGGGAUGUGAAGGACUUGAAGAUUCCGGUGUUCCACACCGAAGAUGGCUCUGACCUUCGCGAGCUUUCCACAUCUCUCACCCGCUCCAUUUGCGACCAGAUCUUCACUUCGCCGAUCCACUGGAAGCAGGCUACCGAUUUCCCCGCCACCGCCACUCACGCAAUCGACUUCGGUCCCGGCGGCCUCAGCGGCAUCGGUCCUCUCACCGCUCGUAACCUCGACGGUCGUGGUAUUCGUGUAAUCGUCGUCGGUGAUAGGGGUCGUGGAGAUGCCGAGCUGUUCUCCGUUAGCGGAGUGAAGCGGGAGGAGUCUUGGGUCAAGAAGUGGUCCCCGUCGUUGGUGAAGACUAGCGAUGGAAAGAUUCAUCUCGAUACUCCCUUCACUCGCCUCCUCGGCAAACCCCCUAUUAUGGUCGCCGGCAUGACUCCUACCACCGUCAAGGCCGGUUUCGUUUCCGCUAUCCUCUCCGCCGGCUACCACGUCGAACUCGCCGGUGGUGGCCACUACAACGCCGCUGCUCUUCGUUCCAAGGUCGCCGAGAUCCAAGCGAACAUUCCCGCCGGUGUCGGUCUCACGCUCAACGCCCUCUACAUCAACCCUCGUCAGUUCGGGUUCCAGUGGCCCUUGUGGCAGGAGAUGAGGAAGGAAGGGUUGCCGAUUGAGGGAUUCUGUGUCGCUGCGGGGAUUCCGUCCACUGAGAAGGCGGCGGAGAUCAUCGAGGGGUUGAAGGCGGCGGGGAUUAGGCACAUCGCGUUCAAGCCUGGAUCCGUCGACGGUAUUCGUCAGGUCGUCAACAUCGCCGCUUCUAACCCCGACUUCCCCAUCCUGCUUCAGUGGACUGGUGGACGUGCCGGCGGUCAUCAUUCGUGCGAAGACUUCCAUCAACCUAUUCUUUCGACUUAUCGUUCGAUCCGUGAACGUUCGAACAUCAUCCUCGUCGGUGGGUCUGGGUUUGGUGGUGCGGACGAUUUGUGGCCAUAUCUCACGGGUGACUGGUCCGCCGAGUACGACGUUCAGCCCAUGCCCUUCGACGGGUUCCUUUUCGCGUCCCGCGUCAUGGUCGCGAAGGAGGCCCACACCUCGUCCUCCGUCAAAGACCUCAUCGUCAAGGCUUCCGGCGUCGACGACUCGAAAUGGGAAGGCACGUACGCGAAGGAGACCGGUGGGAUUUUGACUGUGCGUUCGGAGCUCGGCGAGCCGAUCCACAAGAUCGCCACGCGGGCUGUGAAGUUGUGGAAGGAGUUCGACGAUACUGUGUUUAAGUUGCCGAGGGAGAAGAGGGAGGCUUGGUUGAAGGAACGGAGGGCGGAGGUGAUCAAGAAGUUGAAUGCGGAUUUCGCGAAGCCGUGGUUCGGAUGGAAGAAGGACGGGUCUGUCGUCGAUGAUCUCGGCGAUAUGACGUACGAGGAGACCGUUCUGCGCUUGGUUCGUCUCAUGUACGUCGACCACCAGGAGCGCUGGGUCGAUAUCUCCUUGAGGAACCUGACGGGCGAUUGGUUGAGGAGGGUCGAGGAGAGGUUCGCGGGUGUGAAUGGGGGAGGGUUGAAGGCGAGUGUGUUGCAGAGCUUUACGUCGUUGGAUACGCCGGCGCCGUUCGUAAAGGAGUUCUUUGAGAAGUAUCCGUUGGGCAGGGAGCAGCUGUUGGCGGCGGAGGAUAAGGCAUAUUUCUUGACGAUUGCGCAGAGGCCGGGGCAGAAGCCAGUUCCGUUCAUUCCGAUUUUGGACUCGACCUUUGAGGUCUGGUUUAAGAAGGAUUCGCUGUGGCCCGCUGAGGACAUCGACGCUGUCUUCGACCAGGACCCCCAGCGUGUCUGCAUCCUCCAGGGCCCCGUCGCCGUCAAGCACUCGACGGUGAAGGACGAGCCCAUCAAGGACAUGCUCGACAACGUCACCAACAUCCUCGUCGAGAAACUCCUCGAGCGCACGUACGGUGGCGACGCUGCCAACGUCCCGACCGUCGAUUACCUCGGCGCCGUACCUUCUCCUGUCUCUGUUCCUCGUGGCGUUGACGUUGCUGCCGAGGACAACCAGGUCACUUUCUCCACUUCGGCCUCCGUCCCCCCUACCUCCGAAUUCCUCACAUUCCUUGCUGGUUCGAGCCUGAACUGGUGGAGCGCUCUCGUUUCCUCGAUCAACGUUAUUCAGGGAACUUCCUACGUCGACAACCCUAUCCGUCGCCUUUUCGCCCCUCGCCCGAACCAGAAGAUCGUCCUCGAGCUCGCGGACGGUCUUCCCGUCAAGGCUUCCCUCUUCGGUGCUGCUCGUUCCUUUGGCCCGCAGAAGGACGAUCACAAGGCUGUGGAGGUUUCGUUCAACACCGAGUCGAAGGUCAUCGACCUUACCCUGUUCGAGUACCGCCAGGAGUCCUCCAUUCCCCUCCACCUUCAGUUCCAGUAUGUCCCUUCGCAGCCCUUCGCUCCCAUCCACGAAGUCGCCGUCGGUCGCACUACGCGCAUCAAGGACUUCUACUGGCGUCUCUGGUUCGGCGACGACGAGAAGCUCCCCGAGAUCAAUGUUCGGGAUACUUUCACCGGCCCUGAGGUCGAGAUCUCCGCGAAGGACGUUGAAACGUUCUGUGCCGUCGUGGAGAACCAGCAGGAGGCGUUCAAGGCCGUCCGGACUGCCGACGUCAAGGCCCCCAUGGACUUCGCUAUCGUCACCGGCUGGCAGGCGAUCAUGAAGUCUAUCUUCCCGGCCUCCAUCGACGGCGACCUCCUCAAGCUCGUCCAUCUCACUAACGGGUUCAAGGUCGUUCCCGGGGCGAAGACUCUCCAGGCUGGUGAUGUGUGCAAGGCGGAGGCGAAGGUUACGGCGGUGAUUAAUUCGGAUGCGGGCAAGACGGUGAAGGUGUCGGGGUACGUUGUUUGUGAGGAUAAGAGGGUGAUGGAGGUGUCGAGCUCGUUCCUUUAUCGCGGCAAGUUCACGGACUACGAGAACACGUUCGAGACGAUCCAGGAGCCUGAUUAUCUCGUCGAGCUCGCGAACGAUGCGGAUGUUGGUGUUUUGCAAUCGAAGGAGUGGUUCGAGUGGGAUGACGACUCGAAGCCACUUCAGGCGGGGACUGGGUUGGUGUUCAGGUUGAAGUCGGAGGUGACGUACAAGGACAAGGUCAACUACAAGAGUGUCUCGGUCUCGGGCGACGUCUUCGUCCGCGAUCAGCUCAAGAGGCUCGUCAAGGUCGGCUCUGUCGAUUUCGAGAGGGACGACUGCCAGGGCAACCCCGUCGUCGCGUACGUGCAGAGGAACGGCUCGCCUCAGGGUCUUCCUACGCCACUCGCUAAUGGUUACUCGCUCACCUCGGCUGGAUCAACGACGUUCACGACUCCGGCGACGAACGAGCCGUACUCGAAGAUUUCGGGUGAUUUCAAUCCGAUUCACGUUAACCCGUAUUUCUCGGACUAUGCGAACCUGCCGGGGACGAUUACGCAUGGGAUGUGGUCGAGUGCGGCGACGAGGAGAUAUGUCGAGAGUGUGGUUGCGGGUGGAUCGCCUGAGAGGGUUCUUUCGUAUGAUGUCGCUUUCGUCGGGAUGGUCCUCCCCGGUGACGAGCUGUCCGUCAAGAUCAAGCACAUCGCGAUGCGCGACGGCAACAAGGUCGUCAAGGUCGAGACUGUCAACCAGAACGGCGAGAAGGUCAUUGAGGGUACCGCCGAGAUCGCCCAACCCACCACUGUCUACGUCUUCACCGGUCAAGGCUCUCAGGAGCCGGGCAUGGGUAUGGAUCUUUACAACUCCUCUCCCGCUGCUCGUGCUGUCUGGGAAGGCGCCGACCAGCAUCUCCUCGCCGUCUACGGCUUCUCGAUCGUCGAGAUCGUGAAGGACAACCCCAAGGAGAAGACCAUCCACUUCGGUGGUAUCAAGGGCCAGGCGAUCAGGCAGCGUUACAUGGACAUGUCCUACGACACGAUGGACAAGGAGGGGAACAUCAAGACCCUUCCGCUCUUCUCCGACAUUCACGUCAGGACGCCCCAGUACACUUUCCGCCACCCCGGUGGUCUUCUCUACGCCACCCAGUUCGCGCAGAUCGCCCUCGUCGUGACCGAGCGUGCAGCGUUCGAGGACAUGCGCUCCAAGGGCUUCGUCCAGCGCGAUUGCGCCUUUGCGGGCCAUUCGCUCGGUGAAUACUCCGCGCUCGCCUCCAUCGCCGACGUCCUCCCGAUCUCGUCCUUGGUCGAUGUCGUGUUCUACCGUGGUAUUACGAUGCAGCGUGCGGUGGAGCGCGAUUCGCAGAACAGGUCGAAUUAUGCGAUGUGUGCCGUUAACCCGAGCAGGAUCUCGAAGACAUUUAACGAUGCGGCGUUGAGAGAAGUUGUGGAUUCGAUUUCGCAUAGGACGGGAUGUUUGAUUGAGAUCGUGAACUUUAACGUUGAGGGCCAACAAUACGUUUGCGCUGGAGAGCUCGUCGCCCUCCAGGCCUUGACGAACGUUUUGAACUAUUUGAAGAUGGAGAAGGUCGACAUCGCGAAGUUGACCGAACAGUUCUCCGUCGAGAAGGUCAAGGAGAUGUUGGGCGACAUCAUCGACAGCUCUUACGAACGCGCUCAGGAACAGCAGAAACUCGAGGGCCAUAUCAAGCUCGAGCGUGGCUUCGCUACCAUCCCUCUCCCCGGUAUCGACGUACCCUUCCACUCUCGUUACCUCUGGGCUGGCGUCAUGCCGUUCCGCGCUUACCUUUCGAAGAAGAUCAACGCCGCCCACCUCAACCCCGACAUGCUCGAGGGCAAGUACGUCCCGAACUUGGUCGCUCAGCCCUUCGCGGUCACGAAGGACUACGCCCAGCUCAUCUACGACCAGACUUCGUCACCUCGUCUCUCGAAGGUGUUGAAGAACUGGGACGAAGAAGGGUGGGGUGCGUUCGAGCAACGCCAGAAGCUCGCGUACACCAUCCUCGUCGAGCUCCUGGCGUACCAGUUCGCCUCUCCCGUGCGUUGGAUCGAAACUCAAGACCUCCUGUUCACGAAGUACCAGUUCGAGCGCUUGGUCGAAAUCGGUCCUUCCCCGACCCUCACCGGUAUGGCGUCGCGCACCCUCAAGGCCAAGUACGAGGUUCGCGAUGACUCCGUCAACCACGUCCGCACCAUCCUUUGUCACGCGAAGAACCCGAAGGAGAUCUACUACCAGUUCGAGGACGAGCCCGAGGCUGCUGAGGCUGCUCCCGCCGAUUCUGCCCCUGCUGCCCCCUCCGCUUCUUCCGCACCCGCUGCUGCCGCCCCUGCCCCCGUGGCCGCGCCGUCGGGACCUGCUACGAGCAUUGAGGACGUUCCUGUCCGCGCCGUCGACAUCCUCGCCACCAUCGUGGCUCAGAAGCUCAAGAAGAAGGUCGAGGAGAUUCCCCUCUCCAAGUCCAUCAAGGAUCUCGUCGGUGGCAAGUCCACCCUCCAGAACGAGAUUCUCGGCGACCUUCAGCUCGAGUUCUCGUCUGCGCCGGAGAAAGGAGAGGAGCUGCCGCUCGAGGAGUUGGGUUCUGCGCUUGGUCAGGGACACUCCGGUACGCUCGGGAAGUACACCAGCGGUCUCGUCUCCCGUGUCGUCGGUGGCAAGAUGCCUGGUGGAUUCAACCUUUCCGCCAUCAAAAGCUACAUGAACAAGUCCUGGGGCUUGGGGCCCGCUCGCGCCGACGCCGCUCUCCUUCUCGGCGCCACUAUGGAGCCGCCGAAGCGUCUCGGGUCUGAGGCUGAGGGUAAAGCGUGGGUGGAUUCCAUCGUCGCCGUCUACGCCCAACGCGCCGGCAUCUCUCUUUCGUCUGGUGCCGCUGCCGGUGGAGGUGGAGGAGGGGCUGGUGGUGCCGUCAUCAACAGUGAGGAGUUCUUGAAGUUCCAGGCCGAGCAAGAGCAGUUCGCCGCUCAGCACGUCGAGCUGUACAUGCGCUAUCUCAAGCGUGACUCUCGUGCCGGCGAGAUCGCCCACGACAAGGAGAAGGCGAACGUCGCCACUCUCCAGGCCCGCAUCGACAGCAUCACUCGCGAGCACGGCGACUCCUACCUCGACGGUAUUCAGCCCGUCUUCGACGUCCUCAAGGCUCGCCACUUCGACUCUUCGUGGAACUGGGUCCGUCAAGAUGCUCUCAUGAUGUUCUACGACAUCAUCUUCGGCCGCCUUACCACCGUCGACCGCGAAAUCACGGCUCGUUGUAUCGCUAUCAUGAACAGGGUGGAUUCCGCGAUCGUUGAGUACAUGCAGUAUGUUAUCGAGCAGGUCGAUCCCUCGAAAGGCGAGACGUAUCAGUUGGCGAAGACGUUCGGUCAGCAGCUGAUCGACAACUGUCGCGAGGCUGUUGGACAAGCUCCGUUGUACAAGGACGUGACUUUCCCUACCGCCCCUCACACCGAGGUCAGCGCGAAGGGCGACAUCAUCUACUCCGAGGUCGUCCGCGAGAACGUUCGCAAGCUCGAGGCCUACGUCGAGGAGAUGGCGAGUUCCGACAACAUCCCCAGCUCGGUCAACAUCUCCAAGAUCCAGGACGACGUUCUCAAGCUCUGGAACGUCGUCAAGACCCAACCCGAGAUCUCUGACGAGCAGAAGAACCGCAUCAAGGCCCUCUACGAUGGCGUCGUCCGUUCGCUCAAGAAGACUCCUGAACAGCCUCGUCCUCGUCCCGGACAGCCCCGCAGCCGUCGCUCCUCAUCUCAAUUCCUCCGUCCUCAAGUCUCGGGUAUCAGCUCCGUCUCCGCCGACAAGAUCCCUCUCCUCCAUUUGAAGCGCAAGGUCGGCACGCAGUGGGAGUACUCUAGCAAUCUCACCGGUGUCUACCUGGACGUUCUCCACGAAAUCGCGACCUCCGGCACGACGUUCAAGGAUAAGAACGCUCUUCUCACCGGUGUCGGCAAGGGUUCGAUCGGUGUCGAGAUUCUUAAGGGUCUCCUCUCCGGUGGUGCCCACGUCGUCAUCACCACUUCCCGCUACAGCCGCGCCACCGUCGAGUACUACCAGGGGAUCUUCCAGCGCUUCGGCUCUCGUGGCUCCGCCCUCACCGUCGUUCCGUUCAACCAAGGCUCGAAGCAGGAUGUCGAGGCCCUCGUCGACUACAUCUUCGCCACCCUCGGCCUCGAUUUGGACUACAUCCUUCCCUUCGCCGCCGUCCCAGAGAACGGUCGUGAGAUCGACGGUCUCGACGACAAGUCCGAACUCGCCCACCGUAUCAUGUUGGUCAACUUACUUCGUCUUCUCGGCGCCGUCAAGACCAAGAAGGCGAGCCGUCACUUCGUCACCCGCCCGACUCAAGUUAUCCUUCCUUUGUCGCCCAACCACGGUCUCUUCGGUAACGACGGCUUGUACUCCGAGUCCAAGAUUUCUCUCGAGACUCUGUUCAACCGCUGGGCUUCGGAGAGCUGGGGAGAAUACCUCUGUCUCGCUGGUGCUGUGAUUGGGUGGACCCGUGGAACCGGUCUCAUGGACGCCACGAACAUGGUCGCCCAAGAGGUUGAAUCACACGGUGUCCGCACUUUCUCUGCCAAGGAGAUGGCCUUCAACAUUCUCGGCCUCAUGCACCCUCUCCUGUUCAGUAUCACCCAAGUCGAGCCCAUCUGGGCCGAUCUUAGUGGUGGUAUGGAUCGUCUCGCUGACCUCGCGGAGAUCACCACUCGCAUCCGCGUCGGCAUCAACAAGAAGGCCGAACUUCGUCGUGCCAUCACCCGCGACAACUCCGCCGAGUUCAAGGUCAUCAACGGUCUCGAGGCCGAGCGUGUUCUUCAGACCGUCAACGUCACCCCCCGCGCCAACUUCCGUUUCGAGUUCCCCGAGCUCGAGCCCGCUGCCAACCUCGAGAAGCUCUCCAAGCUCCGCGACGUCAUUGACCUCGAAAAGGUCAUUGUCAUCACCGGUUUCGCCGAGGUCGGGCCAUGGGGUAGCUCGCGUACUCGUUGGGAGAUGGAGGCCCGUGGAGAGUUCACGUUGGAGGGUUGUAUCGAGAUGGCUUGGAUGAUGGGCUUCAUCAAGCACUUCGAUGGCCGUUUGAAGGAUGGGUCGCUGCACGUUGGUUGGGUCGACACGAAGUCUGGUGAGCCUGUCGACGACAAGGAUGUCCGUGGGAAGUAUGAGAAGGAGAUUUUGGAGCACGCCGGUGUUCGUAUGAUUGAACCUGAGUUGUUCCGUGGUUAUGACCCGAAGAACAAGAUCUUUAACCAAGAGAUCGAGCUCACGCACGACCUCGAGCCGCUCGAGACCUCCGACGUUGAAGCCGCCAAGUUCAAGAACGAGCACGGCGAUAAAUGCGACAUCUGGGCUGGCGAAGGCAGCCAGUGGUUCGUCAAGUUCAAGAAGGGCGUCCGUAUCUUCGUUCCGAAAUCAUUCACGUUCAACCGUCAAGUCGCAGGACAGCUUCCUACUGGAUGGUACGCUGGUCGCUACGGUAUUCCGGAGGACAUCAUCGCUCGCACCGACCGCAUGUCCCUUUGGGCUCUCGUUUGCGCUGCCGAAGCCCUCAACAGCUCCGGUAUCACCGAUCCGUACGAACUGUACCAGCACAUGCACCCCUCCGAAGUCGGUUCGUCUAUUGGUAGCGGUAUGGGUGGUACGGAGUCGUUGGCGAAGAUGUUCAAGGACCGUCGCGAGGAGAAAGAGGUUCAAAACGAUAUUCUUCAGGAAACCUUCAUCAACACCACUGCUGGUUGGGUCAACCUCCUUCUUCUUUCCUCCAGCGGACCCAUCAAGAUCCCCGUCGGUGCCUGCGCUACCGCCCUCCAGUCUCUCGAAAUCGCCUGCGACACCUUGCUCUCGGGCAAGGCCAAGGUCAUGCUCGCCGGUGGGUUCGACGAUAUCUCUGAGGAGGGUUCGUACGAGUUCGCGAACAUGAAGGCCACCAGCAACACCGAGACUGAGUUGGCGAUGGGUCGUGAGCCGACCGAGAUGUCGAGGCCUACCACGACGACUCGCUCAGGUUUCAUGGAGGCGCAAGGUACCGGCGUGCAUGUCGUCAUGAACGCGAAGACUGCCAUCGAGCUCGGCGCCCCUAUCCGUGGUAUCCUAGCCUUCACCUCCACCUCAACCGACAAGGCUGGUCGUUCUAUUCCUGCGCCCGGUCGUGGUGCGCUCACUAUCGCCCGCGAAGUUUCCACCAAGCACCCGCUUCCCAUCCUCGACAUCAACUACCGUGCUCGCCAGUUGACCUUCCGUCGCAAGCAGAUUUCGGAGUGGCUAUCCCACGAGCAGGCCCAGCUCAAGGAGGAGCUCGAGUACCGCCAGAGUCAAGGUGACGCCGCCGACGAAGAGUACUUCGCUUCCCGUAUCUCCGACCUCGAGAACGAAGCUCGCCACCAGGAGAAGGAGGCUCUCGCCACGUAUGGCAUGCUCGAGAAUGCCGAUCCACGCAUUGCCCCUCUCCGCCGUGCUCUGGCCGUCUGGGGUCUGUCCGCUGACGACAUCGGUGUCUUGUCUAUCCACGGUACCAGUACUAGCGCGAACGAGGCUAACGAGACUCACAUCUGGAACGACGUCUUCAGCACCCUCUCCCGCACGAAGGGCAACGCUGUUCCUGUUAUGGCUCAGAAGAGCUUGCUCGGUCACGCCAAGGGUGGAGCCGCUGCUUGGCAGAUGGCCGGUCUCUUGCAGAGUGUACACUCCGGUAUCGUACCCGGCAACCGGAACAACGACAACGUGGACCCGAAGUUCCAGAAAUACACGUACCUCAUGUUCCCCUCGAAGUCCAUCCAUACCGACGGUAUUCGUGCUGGUGUUAUGUCGUCGUUCGGUUUCGGCCAAGUCGGUGGUACUGCCCUUGUCAUUCACCCGCGUUUCCUUUUGGGCGCUCUCGAGACCUCUGCAUACGAGUCGUACAAGAUCCGCAACAACGCCCGUUACCUCAAGUCGUACAAGGCGAUGACGGAGAUGAUGACCCACAACUCCUUGGUCAAGAUCAAGGAACACCCACCAUACUCCAAGGAACUCGAAGGUCCCGUCUUGCUCAACUCGCUCGCUCGCGCUUCUCUCGACAAGAAGACGAACAGCUACGUGUUCACGGACAAGAUGGAGACACAGCACAAGCCGAACGUCGCGAAUGUCAAGGCCGUCCAGGAGUCUCUCAAGGCUGCUGUCGGAACAAGUGGUGUUGGCGUCGACCAAGAGCUGAUCUCCGCAGUGCCAUCGGGCAACCCGACCUUCGUUGAGCGCAACUUCACCGAGGCCGAGGUCACGUACUGCCGUUCUCAACCAUCGCCUCCAGCAUCGUUCGCCGCUCGUUGGGUCGGGAAGGAAGCCGUCUUCAAGUCGCUCGGUGUUGCCUCGAAGGGCGCCGCGGCCGCGAUGAAGGAUAUCGAGAUUCUUCCCAACGAGGAGGGUGCGCCGACUGUUACUCUUCACGGUGACGCGAAAGCCGCUGCCGAGAGCAAGGGUGUGUCGAAUGUGUUGUUGUCGUUGAGCCACUCGGAUACCAUCGCGAUUGCCUUCGCCCAAGCCUCGUCAUCAUGAACGCUUUGAUUCUAUUUUUUCUUCUCUCUCAUGUCAUUGUCCCGUCGCAUCCUAUCUCAUGGUCCCGCACGUCGUCUGUCUGUCUGUCUCACGUUUCCAUCGAUGCUCUAAUGUCUCGUUUACUCUGCUUCUAUCCAUCGUUUCUCCUCUGUUGUCUCUCCCAUCAUGAUCUGUGUCUCGUCGGCUAUAUAUGUAUGUUAUCUCACGAAUAGUAAAAGGAAUCGGAAUAGAAUUUC